AGUAGACCUACAAACUAUUUUUUUUUGCACUGAAGUUCUAUGACUUGCGCACUAGCUGGCAGGGUGUAGCCUGGUCAGAUGUAGCUCUUUUCCUCUAAAAGUUUUUUUUUGUUUUCCUUUAUGGCGUUGCUCAGGAAUCAACAGCCUUAACGAGUGGAAGUAAAGUCGAGGAAAGAGUAAGAAAAGAAGGAGAGAGAAAAAAAAAAGAUUGUGCAUGGUUUUAUUCCUAACUGGAGGACAGGGCCAGGACGCACGGAGACACAUAAUAAUGCUCUGCGCGGCUCUUGUGUUGAGUUUACUGACUUUGUGCGCGACGCGCGUUCACGCAGCAAUGGACGAGUGCGUGGACGAGACCAAUCAUCAGGCUCAACGCUGCUUGCCUGAGUUCGUGAACGCGGCGUUCAACGUGACCGUUGUGGCCACUAACACGUGCGGAUCACCGCCUGAAGAAUACUGCGUGCAAACCGGCGUGACCGGAGUCACCAAGUCGUGCCACAUCUGCGAUGCCCGAGAUCCGAGACUACAUCACAGCGCCGUCUACCUCACCGAUUACAACAACCAAGCCGACACCACCUGGUGGCAAAGCCAGACCAUGCUAGCAGGCGUCCAGUACCCCAGUUCCAUCAACUUAACCCUGCACCUAGGCAAGGCCUUUGACAUCACCUAUGUGCGUCUCAAGUUCCACACCAGCCGCCCAGAGAGCUUUGCCAUCUACAAGCGCACGAGCGAGGACGGCCCGUGGAUCCCGUACCAGUACUACAGCGGCUCGUGCGAGAAAACCUACAGCAAGACGAACCGCGGGUUCAUCCGCACCGGCGAAGACGAGCAGCAGGCUCUCUGCACGGAUGAGUUCAGCGACAUCUCUCCGCUCACCGGAGGAAACGUGGCCUUCUCGACACUCGAGGGCCGCCCCAGCGCAUACAACUUUGACAACAGCCCGGUGCUUCAGAAUUGGGUGACUGCAACAGACAUCAGAGUGACCCUGAACAGACUGAACACGUUUGGAGACGAAGUGUUCAACGACCCCAAAGUCCUCAAGUCGUACUACUACGCCAUUUCCGACUUCGCCGUAGGAGGAAGGUGCAAAUGUAACGGUCAUGCCAGCGAGUGUGUGAAGAAUGAAUACAGCAAGUUGGUGUGUAACUGCAAGCACAACACCGAGGGUGAUGACUGCAACGUGUGUAAGCCCUUCUAUAACGACCACCCAUGGAGAAGAGCCACGGCUGACAACGCCAAUGAGUGUCAGCAAUGCAACUGCAACGGCAAGAGCAGCGAAUGCUUUUUUGACCCGGCUCUGUUCCGUGCCACGGGUCACGGAGGUCACUGCCGCAACUGCGCCCACAACACGGACGGACCCAACUGCGAGCGCUGCCUGGACAACUACUACAGACUGGGUCCAGACCAGCACUGCCUGCCCUGCAGCUGUAACCCUGUUGGCUCUCUGAGCACUCAGUGUGACACGACAGGUCGUUGCAGUUGCAAACCGGGAGUCAUGGGAGAUAAGUGUGACCGCUGCCAGCCUGGGUACCACUCGCUGUCUGAGGCGGGCUGCAGUCCCUGCUCCUGCAACCCUGCCGGAAGCACACAGGAGUGCGAUGUCACUACGGGACGCUGUCAGUGCAAGGAAAACGUGGACGGCUUCAGCUGUGACAGGUGUAAACUAGGCUUCUUCAACCUGGAUGUCCAGAAUCCUCAGGGAUGUACGCCGUGCUUCUGCUUCCAUCAUUCCACCGUGUGCGAGAGCGCCGAGGGCUACAGCAUACACACCAUCACGUCCAACUUCGAACGAGGUGACGAAAGCUGGAAGGGUCAGCGGAGAGACGGCUCCAGCGUGCCAGUGCAGUGGUCUCCGAGCUCUCAGGAGAUCUCACUCAUGUCAGAAGAUUACUUCCCCAUGUACUUUGUGGCUUCAGAAAAAUUUUUGGGGAACCACAUCCUGAGCUACGGUCAGAACCUGACUCUCCAUUUCCGGGUGGAUCGGCGCGACGCUCGCCUUUCAGCCGAGGACGUUGUGCUUGAAGGGGCGGGGCAGCGCAUCGCCGUGCCACUCAUCGCACAGGGAAACGCUUACCCCGAAGACCAAAUGAAGACCUUUGUGUUCAGGCUCCAUCACACCCCUGACUCUCCCUGGAGACCAGAGCUGAGGCACACAGAGUUCCAGAAGCUUCUCCACAACCUGACGUCCAUCAAGAUCCGCGGAACCUACAGCGAGAGAAGUGCUGGGUAUCUGGAUAACGUGUCUCUGGUGACCGCUCGGCGAGGACACGGGGAGCCAGCGCGCUGGGUGGAGAAGUGUUCGUGUCCUGCCGGCUACGAGGGUCAGCACUGCGGCAAGUGCACUCUGGGAUACAGGAGGAGCCAACCGGAGCUGGGUCAAUACAGCCCCUGUGAAACGUGCAACUGCAACGGCCACAGCGACACCUGCGACCCUGUAACAGGAAUGUGUGACUGCAACGACAAUACUGCUGGCAUGAGCUGCGAGAGGUGUAAGGACGGUUUCUAUGGCGAUGCCACGGCGGGUUCACCGUCCGACUGUAAACCGUGCCCAUGUCCUGCAGGCGCCACUUGCGCUCUUGUUCCCAAAACCAAAGAGGUGGUGUGCACCAACUGUCCGCUCGGCACCACAGGGAAACGAUGCGAGCUGUGCGACGACGGGUUCUUCGGCAACCCGCAAGGCGUCAACGGUCAAAUGAGGCCGUGCCGUGCAUGCAACUGCAACAGCAACAUUGACCCCAACGCUGUGGGCAACUGCGACCGCGACAGCGGCGAGUGCCUCAAGUGCAUCUACAACACGAACGGCUUUUUCUGCGAUCGCUGCAAAGAAGGUUACUACGGCAACGCCUUGGCUACCAACCCAGCAGAUAAGUGCAAACCUUGCACCUGCUCACCUCACGGCACAGUGGACAGGCAGAAGACCUGCAUGCAGGUAACGGGGCAGUGUGAGUGUCUCCCUCACGUCACCAACCGAGACUGCAGCGCCUGUGAGCCCGGCUACUACAACCUGAAAAGUGGAAACGGCUGCCAAAGGUGCAACUGCAACCCUAUCGGCUCCACUAACGGCCAGUGUGACAUUGAGACCGGACAGUGCGAGUGUCAGCCCGGGGUCACAGGGCAGCACUGCGAGCGCUGCGAAGUCAACUUCUUCGGCUUCAGCUCGUCCGGAUGCAAACCCUGCGACUGCGACCCUGAGGGCUCGCGUACAGCUCAAUGCAGAGACGACGGCCAUUGCGAGUGUCGCCCCGGCUUCAUCGGUAAACGCUGCGAUAUGUGCGAGGAGAACUACUUCUACAACCGCUCCAUUUCAGGCUGCCAGCAGUGUCCCAACUGCUACAGUCUCGUCAGGGACAAGGUGAACCAGCAGAGACAGAAGCUCCAUGACCUGCAGAAUCUGAUCGACAACCUGGGCAGCCAGGACACAGUGAGUGACAAAGCCUUCGAAGACCGUCUCAAGGAGGCUGAGAAAACGAUCAUGGAUCUGUUGAAGGAGGCUCAGGCCAGCAAAGAGUUGGACAGUGACCUGUUGGAUCGCCUGAAGAGCCUCAACAACACGCUGACAACACAGUGGAACCGGCUGCAGAACAUCCGGAACACGGUGGACAACACCGGAGACCUGGCGGACAAGGCACGCGGCAGGGUGCAAGAGACGGAAAGACUCAUCGAGCGGGCGAGAGAUGAGCUGGACAAAGCAAAGGAUGCCAUCAGCAAAGUGGAUAUCAAAAUUCCCACAACCACUGGAGAUCCCAACAACAUGACGCUCCUGGCAGAGGAGGCUCGCAGUCUGGCAGAGAAGCAUAAGACGGAUGCAGAUCAGAUUGAAAAAAUUGCCAAAGAUGCCAACGACACUUCGACGAAGGCCUACAACCUGCUGAUGAAGACUCUGGACAGCGAAAGCAAGAUAAACAAGGACAUCGAUGACCUGAACAAGAAGUACAACGAGGCCAAGGACCUGGCCAAGAACCUGGAGAAACAGGCCACUAAAAUCCGAUCCGAAGCAGAAGAAGCAGGAGACAAGGCCAUGAAGAUCUACGCUAACCUGACCAGCCUGCCUCCAUUUGACGUCAAAUCACUAGAGGAUGAAGCCAAUAAAAUUAAGAAGGAGGCGUCAGACCUGGAUAAGCUCAUCGAUAAAACCGAGGGGGAAUACAAUGACCUGAGGGAAGACUUGAGAGGCAAAGAAAACGAUGUCCGCAGACUGCUGGAAAAGGGCAAGACCGAGCAACAGACAGCGGAUCAGUUGCUGGCGCGCGCGGAUGCAGCCAAGGCUCUGGCAGAAGAGGCAGCAAAGAAAGGCCUUUCCACAUUCCAGGAGGCCCAGGACAUCCUCAACAACCUCCGAGACUUCGAUAAGCGAGUGAACGACAACAAGACCACAGCGGAGGAGGCACUGAGACGUAUUCCGCAAAUCAACGCGACGAUCAACGCAGCCAACGAGAAGACCCGGCAGGCCGAGGCAGCCCUGGGCAACGCGGCGGCCGACGCCAAAGAAGCCAAAUCCAAGGCGGAGGAAGCUGAGAAGAUCGCCAACAACGUCCAGAAGGGUUCAGCUAAAACCAAAGCCGAGGCAGAGAAAGCCUUUGGCGACACAAUGAAACUGGACAACGAGGUGAAGGACAUGAUGAAGCAGCUGGCAGACGCAGAGAACGAGCUGGAGAAGAAGAAAGACGAGGCAGCACAGGACAUGAUGAUGGCUUCGAUGGCAUCAGACAACGCCAAGGAAGCAGAAGAAAAUGCCCGUAAAGCUAAAAACUCCGUCCGCACCGUUCUCAGCGCCAUCACCGACUUACUCGGCCAACUGGGCAACAUCGACAAGGUGGACUUGAGCAAGCUGGAGCAGAUCGACAGAUCGCUAAACGAAGCCAAGGAGAAAAUGGCGGGCAGCGACCUGGAUAGGAAGCUGAAGGAGCUGAACGACGUGGCCAAGAGCCAAGAGGAUAUGAUCAGCGAUUACGACCGGCAGAUCCGUGAGAUCCGCGCCGACAUCACCAACCUCAACGACAUCAAGAACACUCUUCCUAAUGGCUGCUUCAACACGCCAUCCCUCGAGCGGCCUUAACCCCUCUCCACCACUCAUCCCUCUCUCUCUCUCUCUCUCUCUCUCUCUCUCUCCUUCUUCUUGUCUCGACCACACCAGUCGCCGUCUAACAUUCGGGGCAAGAUGCCGUCUUUUACCAAAAUGGGUUUUUGUUUGUUUUAGCUGUGUUUUCUUAUUCAUCAGUGAAGUCACACAUAUUUUUUCUCUUAUCUUUAUCAAUCCCAACAAUAUACAGCCAGUAGAAUUUUUUUUUUUUUUUUUUUUAACCCAGCUAUUCAACAAUGCACAAAAAAAAGUCUUGAAUUCUCCAGAACUUUUAUUCCUCCUACUCUUUGCUCCAUUACAACCCCAGAUAUUUACUGUUGGUUUAGAAAAACGGACAAGGAAGGAAUCUUAUUUGUGGUUUUUUUUUUUCUCUCUCUCUCUCUGUCUCUCUCUCUCCCUCUCUCUCUCUCUCUCUCACAUUCUCACACACUCCUCCAUUACAGUAUUCAAUUCAUCUCAUCCACAAACAGCAACAUGUACAAUUUGUACUUCGGCAUCCACUUCACCUUUCAGCUCAAACCCA